CGAUCAAAUAAUUACUGGCAAAUUUAACAGCCUUAGAAGAGGCAGCGACAUUAAGGGUACACGAUGUAGAGCGAAUUGCGGCACAAUUAAUUAUUUGUACAAACGGGGAGGCUAUCUCUUCUCGAUAUUAUCGCCGCGGUCGCGAGCUUCGGUAUUUGUACCGUUGAUACCCGAGUGCGUUAAAAAUCGUAGAUAAUUCUAAUCGUAGUCAAUUGGUUUUCUGUUGCCAGUUUUGCGUUACUUUUCGUUGAUGGCGAGGUGCCUCAUGGCGUGAAAAAAUAUUAAACUCUACCCACUCACCCGGACACUAAUCUUACUACCGUUCGCGCAAGUCGCAGGAACUGCCGCGUUACUUUCUACUACCGCUGAUCCGAAAGGCUCUCCGGUUCCUCCGCAUUAUCUGUUAUCCAAGCCAAGCGAUUCGGAGAAGUUGCUGGUCCCAGGGGAAGAUGUUUCCCCGGACGAAGAUACUCUUCAACAAGUCACCGUGGUCUUCCGACACGGUCAAAGAACCCCAGCGGACACUUACCCGAAGGAUCCUCACAUUAACGACUCCAUGGCACCUUACGGAUGGGGACACUUGACGAACGUGGGAAAGUUGAAUCAGUACGAUCAAGGGAUUUACCUCAGAGACCGGUACGACAAGUUUUUGGGCAAAAUCUACAGUCCGGAGAUAUUUUGGCUGCAAAGUACAGGAGCUGAUCGGACCAAGAUGUCAGCUUUGUUAGAAGCUGCUGGUUUGUGGAAACCAAAUGAUGCUCAGACUUUCAAAGACGACUUGCCGUGGCAACCAGCUGUUCUUCAUUACCAGUCUCUUGACUUUGAUACGCUUCUUCUGGCUCGUUUACCGUGUCCUGCUUAUUCCAUGGAACUGGAGAGAGUGAAAAAUUCUUCUGAAUAUCGGAAGAUCCUCAUUGAUAACAAGGAGUUGCUUCAACAGCUGUCAAAUUUGACUGGCUGGGAUAUGCAAAGCCCUGAUGACAUGCUGUCUCUCUACGGCACACUCAGAGCAGAGUCAGACCUGAACUUAACGUUACCCUCAUGGACAAAGGAAUAUUACCCUGAAAAGUUACUACCAUUAUCAACGUAUAGUUUCACCUUAAAUGUUUACAACGAUUUGUUACGAAGACUAAAGGGUGGCCCACUCCUGAAAAAAAUUCUGAGUGACAUGGUCGACAAAUCUCGAGACACUCUUAAACCAAAGAACAGAAAGAUGUUCAUGUACGCAGGACAUGACAGUACGGUAGCAAAUCUUUUGGGUACGAUGGGUGUAUGGGACAAACAGAUGCCCGAAUACAAUAUAAUGGCCAUUGUAGAAUUGCAUCGAGAGAAAGAUAAUUGGAAUGUACAGAUGUUCUUAAGGAACACAACUGAACACGAGCCUUACUCACUCACUGUGCCUGGGUGUUCGACGAUCUGUCCUCUUGACAGGUUCAUCGAAAUAACGAAACCCGUGAUACCUAUUAAUUGGAGCGAAGAAUGUAAAGUAGACGAUCCAAAUUAUGUACCACCGCCACCUCCUAUGGUUUAAUAAACCAUCACAUAACUAGAGGGGCAACGUAGCGUAAAGACCGUCCAUAGAAAAUUUUAGAAGCGCCAAUUUGCUGCGCUGACGUGUCGAUAAUUCGAUUUUCGACAAGAAAUGUUUGCUCCUGAGAUAAGCUACAAAGUAACGCAAAAGAGUACGACGAAAUGAUAUUUUUCGAGGUUUAAAUAAGUGUGACUGUAACUUCGGGGAAAUUACCUUAGUUCACUUUGCAUUGAAUGAGCAGAUUUCCUAUAGAAAGGAUUAUAGAAGGCAGCAAUUUAUACCUCCUGUGAUUUUUAGAUUUUAGAGCAGACAGUUGAUUGAAGAUUGUAGAUAUUUUCCGAUCGAUCUGUAUAAUUGUGUAAUAAAUUUUAUAUAUAUACAUAUACUGACACUU